AGAACCCGAUCAAAACUCAACUCCACAUCAUUCCCAAAAUCAGAUUUCAUUAGUCCUCCAUCUCAUUUCGGACCCUUAGAUCAAGUCCAACCACAUUAGGAUUCAUCCCACCCUUCCAUUUCUGUCCAAGAAGAGACUCUUUUUAUGUUUCAUCAUCAAAGCGUGGAAGUAUGUAUUUCAUCUUCUAGUCUUCUUCUUCCAAAAAGUCUUCGUCUUCUACUCUUCUAGUCGUCUUCUUCCAAAGAAAUUGUAAAGACAGUCAUUAACUCAUAAUCGAUCGUUUCUUCGAUCACUGGUGAGGUGAGGACGAAAUUGCCAUUGCUGGCUUGCUGUGAUCCUAGCUUGGAUUGGAGCAGUUUUUCAGGUUACUUGUUAUAUAUUAACUUGAUAAGUUACACGGUUAUAAAGCCUGAGCCAAUGUCGGAGGAUAAUCAAGAACCGGUUGAUGUUGAUGCCCCUGCAUCUCUUCCUUCAUCAUCAGCUCCUCGGUGGAAGCAUGAUGUGUUUUUGAGUUUCAGGGGUGCAGACACUCGUAAGAGUAUUGCAUCCUUUUUAUACCAUCAACUGCAAAAAAGACAAAUCAAAACAUUCAUGGAUGACCAAGACCUUCAGGUAGGGGAUGUUAUUUCUCCCACCCUCCUAACGGCAAUUAAAGAAUCAAGGUUUGCAAUUAUUGUUCUCUCUCAAAACUAUGCCUCUUCCACUUGGUGUUUGGAGGAACUUAGAAACAUUUGUGAAUGCAUGGAAGAAGACAACAAUAGAAUUCUGCCACUUUUUUAUUAUGUGGAUCCUACUGAUGUACGAUAUCAGAAGAGGAGUUUCAGAGAUGCUUUUACUAGGCAUGAAACAUCAGGGCAACACAGAUCAGAGAAGGUGCAGCAGUGGAGAGAUGCUUUAAAAAAAGUGGCAAAUUUCUCUGGAUGGCACACACAGAAUUAUAAAACUGAAAAAGAACUUUUGGAUGCCAUUGAGGAAUCUGUGUGCAAUAAAUUACGACCUACUGGACUUGAGUUUAAAUUGUGCAUCGGAGGUUUUGAAGCAUUUGCAGCAACAAAGCAAGCCAUUGAUAAGGUCAUGAAUGCGCUAAAAGAUGAUGAGGCCACUACCAUUGGAGUCUACGGAAUGGGGGGUGUUGGAAAGACAACAAUGGUGAAAUAUGUUGGAGAACAAGCCCAAAAAAGUAGGCUUUUUAAUCAAGUGAUUAUGGCUGUCGUAUCCCAAAACCCUGACUUGAUGAAAAUUCAAGAGACAUUUGCAGAACUGCUAGGCUUUAAAUUGGAGGAGAAGACAGAAAUUGGAAGAGCCAUUAAAUUGAAGGAGAAGAUAAUGAGAGGAACCGGGAUCCUCAUAAUCUUGGAUGACAUUUGGAAGAGAAUAGACUCUUCAAGCAUAGGAAUUCCGAGCCACAAAGAACUCCAAAGAUGCAAUUCCAAAGUUCUACUGACCACCAGAAAAUUGAGUGUUUGCCGUUCCAUGGAUUGCCAUCCAAACAUACAUCUCAAUAUCUUAUCAGAAGAAGAUUCUUGGAGCUUAUUUGUGAAGGAAGCAAGGAAGUCUUUUGACAAAUCAUCCAAUCUCUAUGAUGUAGCACGUAAGGUGGCUAGAGAAUGCGCUGGUCUACCGAUUGCUUUGAUAGCAGUUGCGAGGGCCCUUCAAGAGGAAGAUUUGGACGGAUGGAAAGAAGCUGCUCGACGACUUAAAGAGUCUCAACCUCCCAUCCUUGAAGAUGAGGGAGAUGUGUUCAAAUGCAUAAAGUUAAGCUAUGAUUACUUGAAAUCUGAUGAUUCCAAAUCAUGCUUCUUGCUUUGCUGCCUGUUCCCCGAAGAUUAUGAUAUCCCAAUUGAAUACUUGUUCAAGUAUGGAUUUGGGAAAGGAAUGUUUCAAGAUUCAAACUUGCUAGAAGCCCGAGCCACAACAUAUUUAGUGGUGAAGGCCCUUAAAGAUUCUAGCUUGCUUUUGGACGCUAGAGAUGACAGAUAUGUAAGGAUGCAUGAUGUCAUUCGGGAUAUGGCAAUCUUAAUUUCAUUAUCUGAAGGCCAGCGGUUCUUGGUGAAAGCUGGCUGUGAAUUGAAGAAUUGGCCACAGAUUGAUGCACAUAAAGGCUACUAUGGAAUCUCACUAAUGGAGAACAAGAUUUGCAAGCUGCCCCAAGAGUUGGUAUGUCCAAAUCUCCAUAUUUUAUUACUGCAACACAAUGCUUCUCUAAAUGAGAUCCCAAAAUCUUUUCUCCAAAGUCAGAAUGAAUUAAGAGUCUUGGAUCUUAGCGACACUGGUAUUUCAUUACUACCCCAAUCAAUCAGUUUCUUAACCAACCUUCAAGCUUUGUAUUUAGAUUACUGUUGGAACAUAAUUGACAUUUCUGUAAUCGGAAAACUUCACAUGCUUGAGAUUCUUAGUAUGAGAGGAACUGCUCUGAAAGAAUUGUCAAGAGAAAUAGGAAAGUUGACCAAUCUAAGGAUGUUGGAUGUCAGUGCUGAAUUUAAUCCACGGACAUGGAAAUUUGAUGGACGUAUUGCCACAAUUCCAUCUGAAGUGAUAUCAAAGUUGCAUAAAUUAGAAGAACUGUACAUGCAGUGUGGAUUUUGGGACUGGGGGAGUAAAAUUGAUGGAGAAGGAGAAGAAACUAAUAUUGGUUUUGAUGAAUUAGCAGGUUUAUCAUAUUUAAGAAUUUUGAAAGUUUGCAUAUCAGAUGCAAAUUGCAUCCCUAAAAGUGUUGAAGUCGAACCGAAUUGGGUUUACUUCGAUAUUAGUAUUUGCAGCAACAGUUAUAAACAAAUGGACCUUAAGAAGUUUCGAGCUAGUGAUUCUGGUCAUAAUUGUAGAUCCUUGAGUCUUAAUAGUACUGACACAACCAUAGGAACCUUUCCAGAUUGGUUUGUCAACGCUGUGUUAAACAAUACUGAGAGGCUGAGUUAUGAAGACUGCAAAGGGCUAAGUAACAUUCUUGUGGAAUAUGACCGUGGGAGGUUAUAUGGACUGAAAACUCUCUCAGCAAAAGGUUGCUGUGAGAACUUGAAAGAAUUGAUGAAUGCAAUAACAUGUGUUCCAGAUAUGCCUGUGUUUGAGAACUUGGGAGAGUUGUAUCUAUAUUACCUGAAUGACCUGAAGCAGUUAUGUGUUGGUGAGUUACCACCUGGAUCUCUCUGCAGUUUGAAAUUAUUGAAGGUCGUUGGGUGUCGUAACUUGGGGAAUGUACUGUUGCCAUCAAAAUUGUUGCAAAAACUAGCAAAUCUGGAAAAACUAUCCUGUUCUGUUACUAAAAUGGAAUAUGUGUUUGGAUGUGAAGGCUUUGAGCAUUAUCAAACAAAUCUGAGAGAGAUGGAUUUAUGGGAUCUAGGCUCAGUAAGAAGCAUAUGUAAUGGUCCUGCUCCACGUGGAAUGUUCCAGACACUAAACGAUUUGGUCAUUGACAAUUGCAACUUCCAGGGAAGCCUCUUCACAUUUGAUGUAGCUCAGUGUCUUUUUCAAUUGAAAGACCUUUAUGUAUCCAAAUGCCCUUUCUUGGAAAGAGUAAUCGAAGCAAGGAAGGAAUCAUUGAUCAACAAGAAGACCGUUCUUCCAAAUUUGAAGAACUUAUAUUUACAAUAUCUUCCCAUGUUGUACAAUGGAAGUGCUACUAUUGAUUUUGAGUGUCCUUCAUUGGAAAACUUGGGUAUCGAGGACUGCCCCCACUUGUCAUUUCCAUCCUCUGCUUCUGACUACUUCCACAGCAGGAAGCAAGUCCUUUUCAAUGAUCCUCUUCAUCUGAAUCAGUUUCAUAUGAAAGUUACAGUACGUCGGGUCGUAUAUAAUUGGUAGGCUAGUUUCACUACU